UUUUAUUUUUUUCAACCAGCACAUGGAUACACAUAACUGAUAUACGUAAUAACUGUAAGCCUAAUACCUUGACAAAUUUCUUUUAAGAAAUAGUUCACUGUUAACAGUGCCGCAUCACCGGGCUCCCAGAGAUCCGCGUGCGUGUAAACAUGGGCACGUCAGCGAGGGAUUAACGUUUCCCAGUACUGGAGAAUGGAUAUUUGUUUUUAAACUCAGGUCACUUCGUUCUCUUCUCCAUCUGCCUGAGUGUCAGUCAUGGACAGCACUAAAGUCACUCUGACAGUCAGAGGGACCACAGCAGUCGGUGAGGUGAUUGCAGUGGUUGGCAGCUGUGAAACCCUGGGCAGCUGGUGUCAUCAAAGAGCCGUGACCCUACAUCCAGCAGAGGAGGAUGGCACCCUGUGGAGAGCAAGCAUUCAGGUUCCUAAAGGGGGUGAAACCAAAUAUCGCUAUUUCAAGGGAUUCAUUUUGGAAUCUAAGAAUGCAGGUGGGCCAUGUCAAGUCAUAGUCAGUAGAUGGGAGACCCAUCAGCUGCCACGCUCAUUGAGUCCCUCAGAACCAGAGCUUGUGAUCGACGAUGGACAUUUUGGAAUCCAUAGUGGGAUUGAGUGUGUGGACUCUGGUUGGUUGACGUGCCAGACAGAAAUUCGUCUCAGGCUUCAUUACUCUGUGAAACCUCCAGUAUCUAUUACUAAGAAAAAGUUUAAGAAAUCACGCUUCAGAUUGAAGCUGACUCUGGAUGGUUUUGAGGAGGACGAAGAGGAAAGCCCUUCACCACGGCAUAAGAUAUCGACUACGCUGGAGAUCAGUAUGAUCAGUGACAGCGGAUAUAAGUCUCGUCAUUCCCAGCCAGAAUGUGGAUACGCCCUUGAACCCUCGCAGUGGAUUGAAUACAUUAUUCACACCAUGGACCCCGACAACCUAGAGCUCACCUUUGAGUUCUUUGAGGAGGACCUGAGUGAGGCCGUGGUUCAGGGUGAUGUCCAUCCAGGCCACGUGGGCAUCGCAUGCCUCUUGUCAUCUACUUUUGUGGAGAGCGGUAAUGAUCAGGGUGUGGUCACACUACCCAUCAUGAGCCGAAAUGCCAGACAGACAAUUGGAAAAGUUAGAGGUAUAAGCAGUACCAAAAUGCACUGCUAUUCAAAUUUAAUUUACUGCCAAUGGAUUAACUUGGUGACACGUCCUAUCCAAGGCUUCCAGUGUGACAUGAGGCAGUCUUUUACCAAAUACUGGAAGAAAAGGAGCGCUUUGGAUGUUGGACACAGAGGAGCAGGAAGCACUCUUGCUCCCAAACAUCACAAGAUCAGGGAAAACACAAUUGCCUCAUUUCUAAGUGCGGCCAACCAUGGAGCUGCUUAUGUAGAGUUUGAUGUUCAUCUCUCUAAAGAUUUAGUUCCAAUUGUGUACCACGAUCUCACCUGCUGCAUUUCUAUUAAAAAGAAAACUGACAAGAACUCAAUGGUAUUGUUUGAAGUUCCUGUCAAGGAUCUUACGUUUGAUCAACUUCAGCUUUUAAAACUCGUCCACACAACUGCCUUGGAAGUUCAUGACCACAAAGAAUUGCAGGAUGAAGAAGAGUUUAUAGAUGAGCACCAGCCUUUCCCUUCCCUUUCACAGAUAUUCCAGGCUGUUCCAGAUCACGUGGGAUUCAACAUUGAGCUGAAGUGGAUUUCUCAGUUCAAGGAUGGCUCCUGGGAUGCUAAACUCUCCACCUACUUUAACAUGAACCAGUUCUUGGACAUUAUCCUCACCUGUGUACUACAGAACGCUGGCAAAAGGAGAAUAGUCUUCUCAUGUUUUGAUCCAGAUGUUUGCACAAUGGUGAGGCAAAAACAGAACAAAUACCCCAUCCUUUUCUUGACCCAAGGAGUGACAGACCUAUACCCUGAAUUCAUGGACAUCCGCUGUAAGACCACGAAGAUCGCCAUGAGCUUUGCUCAGAGUGAGAACAUACUGGGAAUCAGUGCACACACUGAUGAGCUCUUGAGAAACAUGGAAUUCAUCAGAGAGGCUCAGUCUAAAGGUUUGGUGGUCUUCUGUUGGGGCGACUAUAACAAUGACCAUGAGAACAGGAUGAAGUUGAGGGAACAGGGCAUCGAUGGCCUCAUAUACGACAGAAUUUGUGAUGACAAACUCGAGCAGCCAAACAUCUUCAAAGUAGAGGAACAGGGUGGAAGUCUAAAGGAGGUCAUUCAGACGUGUGCCUGCUCCUCCUACAGCAUUCCCUGCUCCUCCAGUCCAUGUGCAGGAAAAUCCCAGGAGUCCAACGGGGAGUGCGAUUCCGGCCUCAGUUCCUCUUGAGACGCACACAGCCUGUCCACUUUCACUCGAUGUCUGUAAUCUUUCAACAAAGCACCAGAACUAAGCCACAAAUGCACUCCGUCAUUAAAGCCAAACUUAAGCCUGAGAUAUUUUAUAAUCGAGUAUAACCUUGUAAAGAAUGAUAUUGGGGACAAUUACACAAUGCUAACUUCCACAAAGGCAGCGUUUUUGCUUAAUUAAGCCAAUUUGCUGUAUAUGGUGAUGCAAAAGAAAUGGUGUAUAGAAUCUAUAAUUUUUUUUGUUGUAAUUUUUUAAUAUUCUGUUGAGGAACACCUGAUUAUUUUCUCUUCAAGUAUUUAUCGAUUUCUUUAUCAAAGUAAGUAUUUAAUAUUAAUACAGCGUAGUAUUUCAAUUUCUCGAACAACAAAAAUGCAGGAUUAUUAUAAAAGCUAACAAUAGCUAUUGCAUUUGAGUUGCUAAAAGUGAGGCCUGCUUCUUUAAAAAAAAAAUCUCGGUUGUAAAAAAGACACUUGAAAAUGUUUCUCGCCUGUAUAUUAUUAUAUUUUCACUACUAUACUGUAUCUAUCCACAAAUUCAUUCUUAAAUGAAACUAAUGGUUUCAGCAGAACAAAAUUGAAUCAUCUUUUUAUUCAGAUGUGAAGUUGGCAUGAGCUCUUUACUGUAAAUGGGAUAUAUAUUUGAAUGAAUGUGCCUCAUUAAACCUGUAUAUGCUA